GGGGUAAAUGUACAGCAACAACGUGAGCGAAUCUUGAACUGGAGUACGCUGUCCUCUACAAACGCGAUUCCAAGGCACCACUCCCCGCUGUGGUCUUGGUUAUCUGGCAUCUUAUCGAUACGAUAUAUAAGCUGCAGUCCACUGCUCUCUCUCAAAACCUCUCAAUAGCCUCCAUACCACGGGGACAAGAUGUCGGCCUUCUUCACUCAGCUUUUCGAAUCCAUAUUCACACCUGGGCCCACCCCUACCCUCCUCGUCGCAACGAACGUCUCAUUCGCAUGCCUCCAACUCGUCCUUCUCGCUCUUCUCAUCGCAACGUACAGCGUUCAUUUUGUGAUACUCUCAUUUCUGAGCGCUGGGCUAUGGUGGUCAAUCAACUGGUUUGUCGCCGAGUUGAAUGCCGCUCAGGCACGGGAGGACGAGAAGAAGCGUCGCAUGGAGGAGACUGCAGCCGGGGACGAUACGGAGACGGAAGCAGAAACCGUGAUAGAUACUGGCGAUGCUGGAUUUAGCAGCAAAGAAGUGGAACCUCUGGAGCGAAAGGGCGAAUUAAAGGAUCGUGGACAUUCGACUGGUACUAAAUCUGAAAUUAGUACGGAGGAUGAGUGGGAAAGAGUUUCGGAGAAUGAGAAGGACAAAUGAAGAAGCAUAUUCAAGCAGAUGAGACAGUGCCUAUGUUUGAACUUAUACCCAACAUUGUGGAAGGCUGUAUACAUCUACGAGUUACGAAUGGUGGGAUUCAUUUGCCUAUAGCUUAUCGAGGCUCUAGUCAAGACUUUGGAAGUGCCAC